UUCGUUAGGUGGUGCUGCUGGUCCUACCAUCAAGGGAGGGCCCUAAGAGAAUGCAGUAGACGGGGGGGGUGGAGGAUACGCCUGAUGGGGAACUUUCUCCACCCCCUCUGCGAGUGAGCAUUUUUGGAGAACGGCUGUUCCUGCGCCUCACUGUCUGCGGGAUGCUCUUGCAUUGAAGCGCAUUAAUUUUCCAAAGAAUUCCAGCUAAGCUGACGUCACUAGAGGUGGCCCAUUGGUUCCCAGACUGGUGCCAUCACUCUUGCCUCUUUUCAUUCCUUGCUGGGCUUGCCAAAGGUGUCUGAAUGGAUCCUGAAGCCCCAAGCCAAUUCCCUGUGGGUGGGCCUGGCCUGCAAAUGAUGCCUGGGUUCUGGUGACUUGGGCGGCCUGCCCCCCAAGGGAGAGCCAAGGCAGCAGAGGGUCCCGGGGAGCCUGGCAUGGAGGACUCUGACCAGCGAUUGGUGCUGGGCAUGAACAUGGGGGAUGGGCGGCAGACACCGCCCGGGCAGCUGCGAACGCCCUCUGAAGACAGCGAGGAGCAGCGGGUGCUUGGGCCGGAAGCCAUGUGUGAUGGUGGUGGCGAUGCCAAGAAAAAAGAAAAUGAGGAGGAAGAGGAAGAGGAGGAGGAAGAGCUUGACCCUCGCAUUCAGGAAGAGCUGGAACACCUCAAUCAAGCCAACGAAGAGAUCAACCGAGUGGAACUGCAGCUGGAUGAAGCCCGCACCACGUACCGGAGGAUCUUGUCCGAAUCUGCCAGGAAGCUUAAUGCCCAGGGCUCCCAGCUGGGAAACUGCAUUGAGAAAGCACGCCCUUACUACGAAGCCAGGCGCUUGGCCAGGGAGGCCCAGCAGGAGACCCAGAAGGCUGCCCUGCGGUAUGAACGAGCAGUUAGCAUGCACAACGCAGCCCGGGAAAUGGUUUUCGUGGCUGAGCAGGGAGUCAUGGCAGACAAGAACAGGCUGGAUCCCACCUGGCAGGAGAUGCUGAACCAUGCCACCGCCAAGGUGAACGAGGCUGAGGAAGAGCGGCUGCGCAGCGAACGGGAGCACCAGCGUGUUACCCAGCUCUGCCAGCAGGCCGAGGCAAAGGUGCAGUCCCUCCAGAAGUCCUUGAAGCGAGCUAUCCUGAAGAGCAAGCCCUACUUUGAGUUAAAGGCUCAGUUCAACCAGAUCCUGGAGGAGCACAAGGCCAGGGUCACUUCCCUGGAGCAGCAGGUUGCCCAGGCGAAGAUGCGCUAUUCCGUGGCCCUGCGCAACCUGGAGCAGAUCAGUGAGCAAAUCCACGCCCGGCGGCUCCAGCGCCUGGUAGGACGGCGCACUUCCCCGGUCGGUGCUGAAGCCAGCCCAGCACUGCUGUAUGGCGGGAUGGUGCUACCUCCGGAGCCCGUGGCCUCGGCCGACACGCUCUCAGUCCUCAGCUUCCAGACCAUCGCCUCUGACCUGCAGAAGUUUGACUCAGUUGAGCACCUGCUCGGCCUGUCUGAUGCGGCCAGUCUCAACAGCGAUGAGCUGGAGGAAAGGGAGCAGCGGCGCAUGGCCCAGCCCCACCCCUUCAAGCACCACCGCAGCAUCAGCCUCUGACCCUGCCCUUCCCCCACUGCCCCUUUAGGUCAUGGCCCUCAAAAGAACGGGGAGGUGGUGGUUCCAAGGCACCAGGAGAAGUUACAAGCAGAGGCAUGGAUUCCAUAGUGAUUUUGGCCUCACCCAUCUGCAGUGUUGAUUUUUCCCCUCUGUAUGUAGGUGCAACCCCAGAUUUCCUGCCCUCUUAAUCUCCCUGCACCAGGGCUCCUCCGAGUUCCAGUUGUUUGGAGACUUUAGCAUUCUGGUCCCACCCUCCCUGAUCCACCAGGCUGCCAUCUCCCCAAGCAUGCCCCUCUUUCCUGGGAGCAUUGCAUGCUGGAAGUAAUUCUGCAACUUUGCACUUCUGUCCUGGCUUGUUGGAUCCCUGGUGACAUAGUUAUUCUCAGCUGCUGGAAGGCUGUCCAGGGCCAAGAAAGGGGUGGGAGGGAAGCCGCAUUGCUCUUCUUCUUAAUGAUUUGUUUGUGGGGAAGGUGAAUAUAGGUGGGCUGUAGAGGUGCUAAUGUAGAGAUGCUCCCCUGUUCCUCUCACCACACUUGAGAGAACUUCCCACACUGCUUUCACGGAGUUGCCACGCAAGGCUGUACAUGACAACGUGGCUUGUUUAAAAAAGAGCUCGGGGGCCCCACAGGGCUUCUCUGACUCACUACCACGCAUAACUGACGAGGCAUGCCAUUUGUCCCUCCUGAGCCACAGAUUGCAUACGUGGACGCGCACACACACGCACACACACAAACACAAGAUGGCAGCCAUCCACCUCUUUCUUGCUUCUUUAAAGGAGAGACAUGCUAUCUUGCCUCAUUGCAAAACCCGAUGGAGAAACUGGUGCCCCAAUGGUACCGUCCAGCACUCCCAGGAGAGAAGACGUGAGGCGGGAGGCCUCCUUCCACCAGAAAGGCCCCACCUACCUACAGUAAUACCCUCGGUACAGCCCUUUCUGCCAUGUGUUCUUCUUGGGACCUAAUCGUUUGCACUAGCAAGUGGCAAAAGGGGACUGGCAAUUUCCUUCUGUUCCUGGCAGUCCCCGUCUUUCCGUGCCUUUCGGGAGGGUGGGGAGCAGUUUCUGCCACUCAAAACAAAUUUGCUGGACUUUGGCUGUGAUGAGAACUUACUGGUUUGAGGCAGCCAUACAGCGACUCUGUAUAUGUUUGUGCGUGUGUGUGUGUGUGUGGAGGUUUGUAUGACCGGCUUAUGCUGUGUGUUUUAUUUAAAGUAAAGUUUAUGCCCUGUGAA